AUGGGAAGGUCUCUGCAGAGGCCCUUCUCCAGAUCACUGUGGAAGCUCAGUGCUGACAACAGAGCGUGCAGAGAGAGCUGUGUAUGGACAUGAGCAGCCCUUCACACACAGCACCGGUUUGCUGAUCUAUCCUACCUGCUUCUUUAGCUCAGCACCCCAGACCUGCUCCAGUCCCUGAGUUGGGGCACAGGGCCCCUGACUCUCCAGAGGGAUGCUGGUUGGGUGGCUGCUAAUUGGGCAUGUUGGAGUCUUGGGGGAGCUGUGUUGGGACAGAGUCGCCAGCACACCACAUGAACAAGAGUGGGAAAGUGCCUCCAGCUAGUCAAGUCCUGGUUUGUGGGUCAGGGCCAGACCCUGAGAGUGAGGAGAAGCGGGCCCUGGAACUGGAGAGUAAAGCCACGGCGUUGGUGGAGCGAAUGCCUCCAGGUAGCACAGAGGCAUCUACAGCAAGAACCUAGCCGUUGCUGGCCUGUCAGGCCCAUUGCUUGUGACACUUUCUGGCCCCCAGCUCAGGCUGGGGUGAGGGGUUGUUACUAAAUGGGCCAGUGGCAGCAGUGCCAAAGCCUCCCUCAGACCCUCGGGAUAUAGCUCUGGCUGCGGUGGCAGGGGAGAGAUCAAGCUCGCAGUCCUGAGGGACAGUGAGGCUGAGCAAAAUGAUAUAUUUAACAUCAAAUAUACUCAAGGACUAUUAGGAUUAAGUAUUCAAGAUGAAGGGGAAAGUGAAACCCUCGGAGCUGUGGAUGAGGCAUCUCAUUAGAAGCAGCCUCUUCUGUUUUCUCAAAGCCUGACUUCCCUGCCUAGGAUGGAGGAAGAUGGGCCUCUGUACUGCUCCCGCAUUCCCCACCCCGGUCAAGCACCUUGCAUUGCGGUCUGCCAAGGCUUAAGGGGCACAGCCUGGCCUCCAGGUCUCAUUUAUACCCAACGAGUCCCCCCACUGUUGGGGCGCCACAGUUUACAAAGCACAUUCACAUGCAUUAACUCAUCCCCACAGCAACGUGGGAUAGCAGAACAUGUCUCCCACUACACAGACAGGGAAACUGAGGCCCAGAUAAAGUGAUUUUCUAAGAUCCACCAUUUGCAAUAGGCAGAGAUGGGAUGAAAUCCCAACUGGUGGUCCUUUGAUCCUCCAGGGACUUCGGCUUCCUUCUCCUUGCCUGGGUCUAGUCCUCAGAAGUGUCUGCCAGGGAUGAGCCUCUGACACAUCUAUCCGAAGCCAUCUUUGGGUUAGAAAAAAAUCCAUUAAGAUUUCCAUCCCCUCCUGGAGUUUGGUACUGUCGAGACAAAAAAAAAAAAAACAAAAAAACAAAAAAAAAACCUCUUGGUAUUUAAGAGUGGCCUUCCUAGAGUAGGCAGUCUGGACACUAGCAGAGAAGAAGGGUUCAGGAGAGAGGAGAUGGGCAUUGUAUUCCCUCCUGCCUCCUGAAUUACAGAGGAAGAAUUUUCAAUUCCUAAAUAGCAGGAAUCUUUUGUUCACUGCUGUAUCACCAGUGUCUUAUAAUAAUACAUGCUCAAUAAAUAGUUGUGCAAUGAGAAAAACCUUCAAGGCCGUGCUGCGCUUGUUCAGAGAGAAGCUGAGACAGGAUACCACUUCCUAUGGAAUUAGGAUGCUCUUGCUGGUAGGGGAGGGGGGUGCUGGGGUCAGGGUGGUGCCCUAAGACUCAAAGUGGGAGAAUUUGUACCCUGCAGAGGGUUAACUUUGCCAAAAAUCCAGGAAGCAACCAGAAGCCUCUGGCAGAGCAGGUAGGAAGCGAGGGCACGAGGUCAGAGAAAGAUCUGCCCGGGGCAGAAACCAAGGCUGAGGGGGUGUGAGUGACAGACAAGAGUGGUACACCUGACCAAGGGUCUGGGAUGAGGACCCUGGGUGCUGCGCGGAGCCACGCGCCGAGCUGGGGCCGAGCUACCUCCAGGUGGCGCUGCGGAGCCGGGCACCCGCGCGUCUCCACUCCCCAUUAACCCAGGAGGGAGGGGGGCCUCGGGAAAUGUGUGCAUUUAUUCAGUAGCAGGAGUGCAAACCUCAUACAUUGAGGGAGAAAGGCAGCGGGAGACGGCCGCCGAGAUUCCCCCAUCUCUUUGAAUAUAAUUUUAGAUUGAGAUUCAGAUUAAAUCCGAGGGGAAAACACUUUAUGAGGCUGAAAGCUGUGUCGUUGCCAGAGCCAGGGUUAUGAGCUAUCAAAUGCAAUUACAUUAAGACAGAUUAUACUGGGCAAAUUGAGCCAUUUAGAAGGUGAGAAUCAAAGAAACGGCUCUGAUCCUCUCUUCCCUGUUCUCUCUCCCUCUCCCCCCCUCUUUAAAUUGCAGUUCGUAGUUCCUUGCAAUUCUGAGGCACAAAAGUAGGUGAGACUGCUUUUGUAUCUGCGAAGUGCUUCACUCCUGAAUGUAAUUCUAGCUGAGUGCAAUCUAGGUUAAGAGCCGGACAAGCGGGUAAUUAGAGCCCGCUCGCUGCCCGAGGACCGGCCGCCCCGCCGAAGCGCGCCCGGAGUCGGCGCCCUUCUCCCGGCCGAGCCGAGCUGCGGCUGGACACGGAGCGCCCGAGAUGAUGGUGCUGGACAAGGAGGACGGCGUGCCGAUGCUCUCCGUCCAGCCCAAAGGGAAGCAGAAGGGCUGUGCGGGCUGCAACCGCAAGAUCAAGGACCGCUACCUGCUGAAGGCACUGGACAAGUACUGGCACGAGGACUGUCUCAAGUGUGCCUGCUGUGACUGCCGCCUGGGCGAGGUGGGCUCCACCCUCUACACCAAGGCCAACCUCAUCUUGUGCCGACGCGACUAUCUGAGGCUUUUUGGCACCACAGGAAACUGCGCUGCCUGCAGCAAGCUGAUCCCAGCCUUCGAGAUGGUGAUGCGGGCCCGGGACAACGUAUAUCACCUCGACUGCUUCGCCUGCCAGCUGUGCAACCAGAGAUUUUGUGUGGGAGACAAAUUCUUCCUGAAGAACAACAUGAUCUUGUGUCAGAUGGACUAUGAGGAGGGACAGCUCAAUGGCACCUUUGAAUCCCAGGUUCAGUAAUGCCCGGCGCCUGGCCUCCAGGCCCGUCUGUCCGUCUGCCUGUCUGCCCGUCUGUCCACCCGCCUGGCCGGCCAGCCACUCUCCUGCCGAUUAGAACUCCUCCGUCCUCGAUGGGAGGGACGGCCCUUCCUCCGCCGCCCGUCUGUGUGUGACCCCUCCUGGGGCCAGGCUGGGCCUGUACAGUCUGUCUUCUGUAUAUAAAUGGGAACAUUUAUUUUAUGAGAAAUGUAAUGCGAUUUUAUUACUGGCGUGGAUUAAACUUAUGAAUGUUUCCGGGGAGGUUACUGUGCGUUGAUCACAUGACUGACACAGACCUAGGGUCCCUCCCCUCUGCCUGGGAGCAGAACAGGGCCCUCCCUUUGACCCCUCCAGAGAGGGGUGUGGAGCAGGGCAUGGGGCUCCAGCAUGUGCUGUUGCUGGGUAGAAGGUGGAGGGAAGGGGACAAUUCCAAGUAUCCCACAGCCAGGGGUGGGCUCUCCCCCGGCAGAGCAUAUACCCUGGCUCCCAAGAUACGGAGAGGUAUGAUGAAACCCUCCCUUCCCUGGGUUCCUGUGUUACAUCCCUCCACUGAGACCCCCCAGCCAGGAACCCAGCCCUGACCUCCCCCACAGCAGGACCCCAAAUCCUGAGCCCCCUACCAUGGGAAUACCAUUCUUAAAGCCCUCUUCCCUUUCAGGGUGAUAGACAGCGUUUGCUGUCUCCUCCCUGCAGCUUGGGCCUGACCUGGGGCCCGCCUUUCUGCUCUUCUGGGUGAGCGAGAACAAUCCUGCUUGCCUGUAUUCAGCCCACACAGGCUAGAGGCUUUCAUUCAUUCAUUCAGCAAACCUUAAUCCACUCUGUCUCAGCCCCAUGCUGCAAGCACCAGACAUGCGGAUGAAUCAUGGAUCGGACAUAGUCUCUGCCCUUGAGGAGGAGGGAGAAAGCCAGGAAAAGAAAUGGAGCACAUCACAGUGAGGACGAGCACCGCAGGGAGACCCGGGACAGGCCAGCUCCCAUCAGCGGACAAGGGCCACUUCUGAAAACUCCGGAGAGUCUGAGACAGGCCAUCCAGUGAAUACCCACAGUCAGACAGAUACGUGUGCUGGCAGGGAGGAGACACGGACACACCAGCAGUGGGGGUGGAGGCAGAAAUAGGCAGGGACAGCCAGCCAGGCAGACACCCAGGGUGGUUUGCAUUCACCGGCUGGACCAGGCCUGCCCAGGGCAGCAGGGACGCUGUCUCACUCUUGGCCGCAGCCCCAGCACCAAGCACAGAGCCUGGGACUGUGAACGUGUCACUGAGCGGUAUUAAAAAUAGGGACUCCUUGGAUCCAAAGCCGGCACAGGGAAGGCGGUAUGGACAGACUCCUCCCACUAGCAGUCAUUUGCUCUUCCUUCUCCAGGGACGGUUUUCACCCUGGCCUCAGACGAGAGCCUGGGGCUGAUGGAGCCUGCCCACUGCCUCAAGCCUCACCCCCUCCUGGGCUGGGAACCUCACCUCACCCUGCCCCAGGCCUGCUCCUCCACUUUCAGUGAAGUUGGGGGUGGUGGCUGGGCCCUUUGGGCACUUGGAAGAGGCUACCUCUCCACGUUGUGGUUUUGUGGCCAGUGGCCCAGUCCAUGGGAAGGGAUGGCAAGGACCAUGGAUACUGGGGUAGGUAGGAGUCCUCAACUUUGGGACAACCACCUUCUGUGACAGAGCUGUAUGACAGAGGGGAGGAGCAGAGAGCCAGUCAGCCUGGCUGCAGUAGGAAUUUUUGUGUGACGUGUCUGGUGUGACUGAGACUGGGGAAGUGUGUGGUUGUACAUGGCCGUGUGAGACAGUGAAUGGGUUUGAGUGCGUGAGUUUGAGGGCUGGAGUCUGUCAUGAGGGAUUUUCUCACUCAGCUUGGAAAAGCAAAUCAUUUUUCUGGAUGUUAGCAGAGACCCCAGCACCAGCCCCUCCCUGGGCCCUUCUACCAAGGAUGGCUGUGCCCCCACCCCAAGGGCCCCAAUUCCUAACUUCAGAGUUUACUGCAGAUGAAGUUGUAACACAAGUUAAUUACAUGGUUAUCGAGAGAUAACGGAGCCACUCGAAUGCAGUUUCUGGGCAAUUACAAUUGUUUCCAACAGAGUCCCCAUAUUGCAGCCAUGAAAUAGCAUGUCGUUUUGCAGUAAUUAUGUAAUUAACUCGUCUCACCGCUCUAGGUUGCACAACAAUUAAUUCACUCACAAUGAGAUAGACUCGACAUCAGGCAGCCAGCCUUUGAAAACUCCUGAGAGCAGAGGUGGCCUUCUAGGAGGCCCCCGGCCCUGCUCUGCCCACUGCAGACCUUACCAGGGGACUCCUCAGUUCAACAUGCCAUGGAACAUGCCAGAUCCAGCACCAUGGCCCCACUUAUUGCUGUGUCAUCGUCCUCAUCCGGGAAAUGGGGACGAUCUAUUUCCCAGGGUAGCCACGAGGCUGAGAUCUACACCGUGAAGUACCGGGCCUGCAUGAGCUGGGGUCAUCAUCCUGGACGUCAUGAGGUGCUGAGCAAGAGACUUUCACCCAGGAAAUCCCGUAGCAGUCCGCAGUUGCCCCCAAGAAGAGGCCACACAGGCCUUGGCUGUGGCAGGUGUCGAACCAAUAGGAGGACAGAGGGAACAGAGAGGAAACCAGGCUCUCCCUGUAGCAGGGCAACCAGGGCAAGGCCAUAGUGACUACUUGGGGCCAGGGAUUAUGUACCUGGUGAAUGUCACACGGGCUCCCGAGAAAAGCCUGACCUAGGAAGUCCCCGGCCACAGGGGCACAGGAGAAACUUAGUUAAGUAUAGGGCAUGCAUGGCUCUGACCUGGUUCUCCUUGGGACUGCAGAACUAUUGAAGAUUAGGGAAAGGGAGAGACAGGAAGUACUGAACAUGAAAAGUUAGAGGCUGCAGCAGCUCGAGCCUCAGCCUGGGCCAUGUGGGCGGUGGCAACGUGGACGGGCAGGGGACUGUAGCUGAGCGGUCCCCUCUUCCUCCAACCAGCCCAUGGGACCCCGUCUUCCCUCCCUGCGUUCCUUGGUGGCCAGUAUCAGAGAUACCCUAACAAGGGGACUGGUACCCAUGGAGUAUGGUACUUGCUUAUGCCCCUACUCCUUGGCCUGAAGCUGGACCACAUAGUCUGCGUGUGUAAAGAAGUUUGAUUCCAAUCUUGACACUGCUGCACGGCCAAUCAUGAAAUCUCACCUGGGUCCUCUCUUCUGGGCCUGGUCCCAGAAACUGUGCGCCACAUCCUGAGAUACACAGGAUCCAGGGCAGAACCCACGUGAAAUUCCUGCCUAGGAAGUCUCAUCUCUGCAUGAAGACAAUUGCUGUCUCCCUUAAAGCUGUCCGUGAUCGUCACAGCCAGACUAACUACAUCUGGCACAGAGUGCUUCCCAGCACCACCCAUCUAGGGAUGCUGCCACCAAGUGAGGGUAGAUUCAGAAAAGAUGCUUUGUGCUGCAACUCUAUAUUACCUCUACAACUAUGAUUUUGCCUAAAACUCCACAACUAAAGA